GAGGCUUCCAGUCGCCCGCACUUCCUCCUGCAGCGCCGGUGCGCGGCGGGCUCGGCGGGCGGGAUGGCGGCCGCGGCCCGGGGGAGCGGUCGAGCCUCGGUGCCUCGGCUGCUUCUGCUCCUGCUGCUUCCGCUGCUGUGGGCCCCGAUCGGGGUCCGGGCGGGCCCGGAUGAAGACCUCAGCCACCGGAACAAGGAGCCGCCGGCGCCCGCCCAGCAGCUGCAGCCCCAGCCCGCGGCCGGGCAGGGCCCCGAGCCCGCCAGGGCUGAGAAAGGAUUUACACCAGCAGCCCCGGUUCAUACAAAUAAAGAAGAUCCAGCAGCCCAAACCAAUCUGGGCUUUAUCCACGCAUUUGUCGCUGCCAUAUCAGUAAUCAUCGUGUCCGAGCUGGGUGACAAGACAUUCUUCAUAGCUGCCAUCAUGGCCAUGCGCUAUAACCGCUUGACUGUUAUGGCUGGAGCCAUGCUUGCCUUGGCGCUGAUGACCUGCUUAUCAGUUUUGUUUGGCUAUGCUACCACAGUCAUCCCCCGGGUGUAUACAUACUAUGUUUCAACUGCAUUAUUUGCCAUUUUUGGCAUUCGAAUGCUACGGGAAGGCUUAAAGAUGAGUCCAGAUGAGGGCCAAGAGGAACUGGAAGAAGUUCAAGCAGAGUUAAAGAAGAAAGAUGAAGAAUUUCAACGAACCAAACUUUUGAAUGGACCAGCAGAUGUUGAAACGGGUACAAGCACAACGAUACCUCAGAAAAAGUGGUUGCAUUUCAUUUCACCCAUUUUUGUUCAGGCUCUUACACUAACAUUCUUAGCGGAAUGGGGAGACCGCUCUCAACUCACUACAAUUGUUUUGGCAGCUAGAGAGGACCCCUAUGGCGUAGCAGUUGGGGGAACAGUAGGACAUUGUUUGUGUACGGGUUUGGCAGUAAUUGGAGGAAGAAUGAUAGCACAAAAAAUCUCCGUCAGAACUGUGACAAUCAUAGGAGGCAUCGUGUUCUUGGCAUUUGCAUUUUCUGCACUAUUUAUAAGUCCUGAUGCUGGUUUUUAAUGAGCUAUUUGUCUGGAUUUAGCUUGAGAUAGAUAACUCUUGUCUUUCUGUACAUAGUGUAAACUAAAAGUAAUGGAAAGUACUGUAUUUUCUAUCAUUGAUUUGUGAGUUUGACCCAUUUAAUGAAAGUAUUACAUCCAAAAGAGAUAAUCAUUGAUUCUGUAAAAUGUAAAAUGGAUUUUUAAAAGAAACCUGACUUUGAAGUGUGGAUUCUUCUCAAACAUAAUUAUGGUAAUAAUUAGGUCCCCAUUUGUAUUUUGGUAUCUCCAGAACCAUUGUGGGGUCUGCUACUUGAUUUUCUUUCAGCCUGACCCCUUUAUAAGGAAUAUAAAAUUUCUCCUUAGUCAUUGAGGUGUUUUAAGAUGCUUACCUUGAAACUGUCAAAGAUGGAAUUAAUUUCUAUUUUUUAAAACAUUUCCCUGAGCCAGUAGGCAGUAGUUUAAAUCAUAAAUCUUUUAAGUUUAGAAAGAGAAAUACUGUGUUACUAUUAUUAAUAACAUGAUGCAAUAAGAACUAUUUGCUAGGUCCAUUUUUCCUUUUUUAAAAAUUGGGUAGGACACCCAAUAUAGAAACAGUCAAUAUUUGACAAUGUGGAAUUACCAAAUUAAAAGAGAAUACUAUCAAUGUAUUCAUAUUUUUUCUAUAUUGAAUAAACAAUGUAACAUAGAAACAAUGUAAAUAAAAAUGGUGUUACCAGUA